CACUGUUAGGAAGCACCUUUCCCUCUCAGCAGGGCCGCAGUCUAUGCUAGACUGUCAACUGAGAUCCAGCUCUCAUCCUCUGAGCUUUUGCUGAGCCGAGGUGCUGCCUGGCAACUUUUGGUCUCGAUGCGCAAAGGAUUAUCAGACGUGCAUAAUUUGUACUUUUGUUUUGUCUUUUUUCCAAGGUGAUAUUGUUUCAAGUGAGAAGCAGAGGAGCAUUUUGUGGGACGUUUUUUGUGAUAUUUUGCUUUUAAUUACACUUUUUUGUUGUUCUUUUGGGAAAUUGUGCUGUGGUUUUUGCUUCAUCUUUGCACCGGUUUCUUGCAUGCAAUGGAUCACACUUUGUUCGGCUGUUUGCGCAGCCCCCAUGCCCCUCAGCAGGCCAUGCACCCUGCUUUCACCCUUCAUGGACGCUCCGAGCAUCUCUCCACAUACUCUGACCUCUCCACCAACUCCCCCUCUUCUACCUGCAUCGUGAGCGGGUACCCAGGUGAGGAAGGGGGACUCUUUGGGGGACACGGGCAUCAGCGAGGGCCACACCUCUCCCAGCAGCAUCACCAUCUACCCCAACCCCAGCAAAUGGGCUGGCACAUACCCCAGGUGCCCAGCGCCUCGCCUGCCAGUGCCCGCCUGGGCCUAGGCAUCUCGGCCCCUGAUUCGGGCUCUUCAGACAUGGGUCCCGGGGGCCCGAGCCUCUGUGCCAGUACACCGAGCCUCAGUGGAGGAGUGCCUUCAGGGGCCACCUGUGUGCCCGGUGGGGAUUUGGGGCAUCAUACGAUGUCCCCAGCUGAAGCAGAGAAAAGGAAUAGCAAACGGAGAAGUGACAGUUCUGAGUCCCAAGAUGGGAAUUACAAAUCAGACGUGAGCAGCAAGCCAAGGAAAGAGCGGACGGCGUUUACAAAAGAACAGAUUCGAGAACUGGAGGCAGAAUUUGCUCAUCACAACUAUUUGACGAGACUCAGGCGGUAUGAAAUCGCUGUAAACCUGGAUCUCACGGAAAGGCAGGUGAAAGUUUGGUUUCAGAACAGACGCAUGAAGUGGAAGCGAGUGAAAGGAGGCCAGCAGGGGGCGGUAGCAAGAGAGAAAGAGCUUGUGAAUGUGAAAAAGGGGACGUUGCUUCCCUCUGAGUUUUCGGGCAUUCCUGGACUCCACCACACACCGGACUCUCUUGUCAACCACGAGGACAGCAAUGACAGUGACCAGAGCUCUGAGCAUGCUCACUUAUGAUACACACAGACAGGGGCUUUUCUGUGGUUGGACUGAGUUAGGCAUUAUGUUAGGUGCAGUAUAUACUAAGAGUACCCACGAACAAACAAGGACUGCACAGCAGACUGCACUUUCCAAAUAGCAAGAACUGCACCACAUCUAUUUUCAGGGGGACGGUUCUUAUGAGGGCUCAAAGUAGCUAGCCUACUAACUGAGUUAUAAAUGCUCAUAAACAUGUAAAAAUUUACACAGGAAUUAUGUUUUGUAUGUGUAUUUGGAUGAUACAGAAAAUGUGUGAUAUUUUGAAAUCAGAAUUAACAAAGAGAAAGUGCCUUAUUAGCAGUCUGAAUUUAUAUCCACAUUAAUCCAGAUGCAUUGAAAACAGCAUUUAUGUUUUCAAAAUGUUUUUGAUUUGUUUCCGUCCACACUGCCAUUUUCAAGAGUUUUCCAAAAGUCCCUGUCCACAAUAUAACUUGAAAAUGGGGUUUUAAAAUGUAUCCACUUGGGCAGUGGCGCAUUAAUGCACAAGCUUACACUGCCUGAAGCCCAGGGGAGCCCCUUUCACCCCAUUCUCCCACAUCAACAUUCAUGAGAGGAACGCAUCUAAAUGUGUUCAGCGGAAGAAGCUGUUGUAAACAAGGAGACGGUGCUCAACAGUGGAAGCCAUCUGUAGUCCCCCCCCCUCCUGUUGGUUCGACUGGUAGGAAGGCAUGGAACGGUGAGCCCAUGUGCCCCGAGGUACCUUAAUUCAUCCCUGCACUUGGGAGAGCAUUUUCGAAAAGCUCUUUUUAUCGCUGUCAGAAAUGCAGUCUCAGUGUGGACGGAAGGCCAAACAUAGAGAAAGGAACAUGUUUUCAAAUGAAAAUGUAUUAGUGUGGAAGUGUCCAGACCGUUUGCGAAGUAUUAGUGUGGACGUGUCCUGACCACAUUUCAAAUGUGCUGCCUUGAAGGUGCUUUAGAUGAUGUUAGCCAUUUGAAAAUCCCACAUUAAAUAGUCAUGUCAACAAACUCAAAUGCUCAAAAUGACCCUCAAUGGUGUCCCGCUGUCAGGUUUAGAGGUGAUUUUUUUUUUUAUGCAUCUUUAAAAUACCCUUCCACUGCUUGUUUACUUGAAAUGUGGAACCUAGCAGUAUUAAAAAUGACUGGUUGAAUCUGGUCAAAACAACAUUCCAUUCCAGUGAGAUAAUACAGGUGUGUUUUAGUUUGCACUGUCGAAUUCUGUGACUUAAUUGAUUUCUACUGUAUGUUAAUAUACAACUUUGAUUCAAUUGAAAUCAAUCUCUUAAGCAUGCAGGAGACUCAAAAACAUUGCAGCUAAUAUUAUGCCAUGUAAAUAUCAAUAUUCAUAAAAGUUAUAUGCACACAA